UCCAGUCCUCUGUCAAGAUGCUUCUGGCCACAGUCCUUACCUCUGCCCUGCUCCUGUGCUCCGUGGCAGGCCGGGGGUGUCCACCCUCUACGGGGAUCGUCAGGGACAUCAACUUCCUCAUCGACAAGAUGCAGGAAGAUGCAGCUUCCAAGUGCCACUGCAGUGCUAAUGUGACCAGUUGUCUCUGUCUGCCCAUUCCUUCUGACAACUGCACCGGACCAUGCUUCAGGGAGGGACUGUCUCAGAUGACCAAUACCACAGUGCAAACAAGAUACCCACUGAUUUUCAAUCGGGUGAAAAAAUCUGUUGAAGUACUAAGGAACAAAAAGUGUCCCAAUUUUUCCUGUGAACAGCCAUGCAACCAAACCAUGGCAGGCAACGCGCUGACAUUUCUGAAGAGUCUCCUGGAAGUUUUCCAGAAAGAAAAGAUGAGAGGGAUGGGAGGCAAAAUAUGAAGAUGAAAUAUUAUUUAUCCUAUUUAUUAAAUUUAAAAUGCUUUCUCUUUAAGUUGCUACAAUUAAAAAAUCAAGUAAGCUACUCUAAAUCAGUAUCAGUUGUGAUUAUGUGUUUAAAAUUGUAUGUCUUUAUUUUGAAAUAAAUACAUAUGGGGGGAAAUGACAGGAGCUGGUCUCUAGGCAAUUAUUCAUCUCUUGCUGCCCAGAACAAAGAAAGCUACAAGUGUUGUUAAGGGGAAGAAUAGAUCAGAGACUCCUAUGGUGAUAAGACUCCUGAUGCUGAAUACAGACCCUCAGACUCAGAGGCUGUAGCUGGGGCUGCAGGGGAGGCUGCAGGGAGCAGUUACAAAGAAUGUCUGUGGGGACUGUCUGAGGGUUGCCGCUAGGGGAGGCUGAAGGCGU